UCUUCCUCAGUCCGCCGCCGCCGUUGCCGCUUACUGCUCGGCGAUCAUGGUUGGCGACCGAAAGCGCCCGGCUGCCUUCGCCGGAUUCUCCCCGUUCGCCCGCUCCCUUCUCUUCUCCGCCUCCUCCUCGAAACCUCUACCUGCCCCUGUCGACGACGACGACGAAAUCCCUUCGGAGAACGCUGCCUCCCAUAGCAAAAUGCCGCCGCCCAAGCGCGGCAAGCGGGCCGUGCCCUCCAGCGACGAGGACAGCUACAGCUCCGAAUCAGACGACGGCGAGGGCUCGUCGGAGGAGCUCGACACGGUGCAAGCGGACUUCGCCUUCUACGACCCCAAGCCCAGCGACUUCCAUGGCGUCAAGCUGCUGCUCAAUACCUAUCUCGACUCCAAGCCGUGGGACCUCACUGGCUUCGUCGACCUCAUUCUUGAGCAGACCACGGUGGGCACGGUUGUCAAGAUUGCCGACGAUAACGAGGAGGGAGAAGGAAAUGGUGCUGACAAAAGCAGCUCUGGUGACGGUGAUGAUCUGUUUGGUCUCAUCAGCGUGCUUAAUCUAGGAAGAUACGGUGAGCAACGCUGUAUCAAGGAUCUUAAGGAUUACCUGCUUGCUGUUUGUGCUGACAAGGAUACCAAAAAGAAGCUCAAGCAACUGCUGGAGGAGAAAGCGCCUGAUGUGGGUCUGCUUGUGUGCCGCCGCUUUGUGAAUUUUCCAUAUGAACUUGUGCCUAAAAUGUAUGAAUCGCUAUUUGACGAGGUUUCAUGGGCCACAGAAGAUGAGCCAACACAAGAACUCCGGGACUCCUUCAUAUUCAAGCAGUACCUAUUGGUUGUCAGAGUACUUGAGAGGAAAACUCCAGCAAAGCAAAAGGCAAAGAACAGCAUAGAAGAGGAUGAACCUAUUAUCUAUCCGAAGUUAGAAGAUGAAAUUUUCCGCGAGCUUUCUUCAUGGUCGUUCACUUUCCCAAUACGUUCUGAACAAUCGGCUCAGCAGGAGAUGAAGAAUUACAAGGAGAUGGGCCUAGUGAUGGCUGUUAAAGCUGAAUCAAUUCCGAAGUUCCGAAAGAAGUUGGAGGCUCUAUUAUCUGAAUAGUUCUCUUAGGUCUUGUGGAAUUUUGCUGCUGUCCACAUAUUAUUAGGACAUCCACAUCAUCUCUUGCUAACGUUGCCUAAUAAGGGCGGACGCUGAGUUCUGAGUUUGGGAGUGCAAAAACCUAGCUGAAUUGCUAACGUUGCCUAAUACAAGUGAAAUUCAUGUGCAAGAAGAAAUCUUUUAUGAACAUACCAUGUACUGAUAUCAAGAGAUAUUUGAAAGAUUUAUUUGGUUGCU